CCCGGGGAGGCAGCAGUGGCCGCUGGGCUGGAAGUCGCUGCCCGGGCGGAGGAAGCGGCCGGGGCCGGAGCCGAGCCCGGCGAUGGCUGCAGCGGGGCCGGCGCAGCUCCAGGUGGCGUUUGAGGACGUCGCUCUGUAUUUCACCCGGGAGGAGUGGGAGCUCCUAUCCCAGCCAGAGCAGCAGCUGUACCGGGACCAGAUGCUGAGGAAUUACCAGGCCCUUGUUUCCCUGGGCUAUUCAGGUUCCACACCGGACUUAAUCCACCGGAUCGAGCUAGAGAAGGCAGAGCUCUGGAUCCAGGAAGCCGAGGCCUCCAGGGUAAACUCGGGGCCUGAGAGCACCCCUUCAGAAACCUCCAAUGAUGGAGAUUCCACAACCUUCCCAGCAGGGCAUGGGAACCCGGGAGGAACAAGGGCACGGGCUGAAUGUGGGGAGAGUGUGGCAGGAAAGCCGUUUCCCACAUCCCAUAGAGGGAUCCAUGCACAGGACUCAGUUCAUCCCCAAGGUAAAGUCAGCCAGAGACCGGAUCUGGGAACACACCAGAGACUCCCUGUGGGCCGGCGUCUCCACAGCUGCAUCGACUGCGGCAAGAGGUUCAGCAACCCCUCUGCGCUGACCCAGCACCGACACAUGCAUAUUGGGGAGAGGCCAUACCGCUGUGCUGCUUGUGGCAGGAGCUUCAGACAGUCCUUAGUCCUGAGAAUACACCAGCUUAUGCACACCAGGGAGCGGCCACACCACUGCUCUGACUGUGGCAAGAGCUUUGCACAGAGCUCAAGCCUCAGCAGACACCAGCGCACGCACACCGGGGAGCGGCCGCACUGCUGUGCUGACUGUGGCAAGGGUUUUACACAGAUUUCACACAUGAGAAUCCACCAGCGCACACACACCGGGGAGCAGCCGCAUCGCUGUCCUGACUGUGGCAAGAGCUUUGCACACAGCUCAAGCCUGAGAAGUCACCAGCGCGCACACACCGGGGAGCGGCCAUAUUGCUGUGAUGACUGUGGCAAGAGCUUUGCACAGCUCGCACACCUGAGUGUCCAUCAGCGCACACACACUGGGGAGAGGCCACACCGCUGUCCUAACUGUGGCAAGAGCUUUGGACAGAGCUCAGUCCUGAGAAGACACCAGCUCACGCACACCGGGGAGCGUCCGCACCGCUGUGCUGACUGUGGCAAGAGCUUUGCACAGAGCUCAAGCCUGAGAAAACACCAGCGCACACACACCGGGGAGCAGCCGCAUUGCUGUGCUGACUGCGGCAAGAGCUUUGCACACAGUUCGAUCCUGAGAAGACACCAGCUCACACACACCGGGGAGCGGCCGUACCACUGUGCUGAUUGCGGCAAGUGCUUUAUACAGAGCUCGAUCCUUAGAAGACACCAGCGCACGCACACCGGGGAGCGGCCACACCUCUGUGCUGACUGCGGCAAGAGCUUUGGACAGAUCGCACACCUGAGAGUCCAUCAGCGCACACACACCGGGGAGCGGCCACAUCGCUGUGCUGACUGCGGCAAGUGCUUUAUACAACUUUCACACCUGAGAGUCCAUCAGCGUACGCACACCGUGGAGGGGCCGCACUGUUGUGUUGACUGUGGCAAGCGCUUUACUAGGUUGGCCAACCUCAUCCAGCACCAAAUCACGCACACCAGUGCCCCUCUGCCAAUGCCAGGGCCUCAGGGGCUUCUGGCAGCCAGUGGGCCUGGCACAGCGCCAGCACAUGUGGACCAGGGAGUGUUCCUAUUCCCAUGAUGCCUGACAGAGAGACUGUGUGGGGCAGGGAAGGGGACUUGGCUGAGUAAUGUGGGGAAGAGCAAACAGCUGUGGGAAUUUAGAGCCGAUGGUCACAGCCUACUCCCAUUUGGGAGCACCUCCACUCCUUGUAGGUGAGAUCCAGCCAGGCCUUUCUCUUUCUGUCUCACACUCACGCAUCUGGCUGGGAUGCAGCCAGGACAUCCCCCACCCCCCCUAGGUGGGACCCAACCGGGAACUUCCCCACACACCUACCUCAGUUCCAGCCAGCGGGUGACUCCUUGGUAACAUCUAGAGGUGGGAUUUGCAGUCCUGUCUCAGCAUGGAUUGGGCUGAGGGCAGGACAGCCUGGUGCAUGUGAUUGAAAGAUGAUGCAGGAACUGCUUCUGCCAUAUAUUUAAAUACAAAUGUGAUUUAAGAAGAAUUAUGUACUUAAUGUGUUACAAAGGUCUGACUAACCAGGAUGGAUUUGAUUUAAAUCAAUUUGAUUUAAAUCAUGAUUAAAUCACUAGUCGGAUAGAUGUAGAUUUCAUUUUUAGAAGGUUACACACUACACAUUUUUAAGUAAUUUAUUUUGAAAACUUUUCAGAUUAGUUUUACAGCUAUAUCAGAAAAUGAAUGAUUGGUUAUUUCA